UUUCUUCAGGACCCCAACCCGACGCAACCGGAAGACAACAGCCUUUUUUUGUGUGUUUGUCUCUCGAUACGAUGCGAAUUGGGCGACUGUCAACCCAACGCUGAGCCCAUUAUUUAACAAACUGGUAAUAAAAUGCCAUUAUUCGAUGGCUUAGGAAGCGGAGGAGAGAAGACUGCGAUCGUUAUCGAUUUAGGAGCCGCGUACACGAAAUGCGGCUUCGCAGGGGAAACGGGGCCCAGGUUCAUCAUUCCGAGCGAGAUCCGGAAACCGGGACAGCAGCAGGCCAUCAAAGUGGUUCAGUACAACAUCAACACAGAAGAGCUUUAUGUCAUCCUCAAAGAGUUUAUCCAUUUACUUUACUUCAGGCACCUGCUGGUGAAUCCUCGCGACAGAAGAGUGGUCAUCAUCGAGUCCAUCCUCUCUCCGUCUCACUUCAGGGAGACGCUCACCAAGGUUUUCUUCAAACAGUUUGAGGUUCCUUCUGUGCUGUUUGCACCGAGUCACCUCAUGGCCGUCAUGACUUUGGGGAUCAACUCUGCUCUGGUGAUGGACUGUGGCCACACAGAGACGCUGGUGCUGCCUGUUUAUGAGUGCACUCCUAUUCUGCCGGCUUGGGAGGCUUUGCCUUUGGGUGGGAAAGCCAUCCAUAAAGAAUUGGAUGGACUUCUCGUGGAACAAUGCACUGUGGACACCGACACCACCACAGGGCAGAGUGUACCAGCUGCCAUUGGGACCAUCCCAGAGGACACUGUGGAAGAUAUCAAGGUCAGAACUUGCUUCGUCAGUGACCUGCAGAGAGGCCUCAAGAUCCAGGAAGCCAAAUUUAACCUGGAUGGCACAGCUGAACGUCCAGCCCCUCCUCCGGAUGUUGAUUAUCCUCUGGAUGGUGAGAAAAUCCUUCAUGUCAAAGGAUCCAUCAGGGAUUCUCUGAUGGAAAUCCUGUUUGAGCAGGACAACGAAGAGAAGAGCGUGGCCACUCUGAUACUCGACGCUCUGGUCAAGUGCCCCAUUGACACGCGUAAGGUGCUCUCGGAGAACCUGGUGGUGAUCGGUGGCACCGCCAUGCUGCCGGGUUUCCUGCACCGUCUGCUGGCCGAGAUACGCCUCCUGGUGGAGAAACCCAAGUACAGCAGCGUGCUGGCCAGCAAGAGCCUGCGCAUACACGCUCCCCCUGCCAAGCCCAACUGCACCGCCUGGCUCGGAGGCGCUAUCUUCGGGGCGCUGCAGGACAUCCUGGGCAGCAGGUCGGUGUCACGGGACUACUACAACCAGACGGGUUCCCCCGACGGGGACGGGGACACGUGA